AGCUGAUCCUUGCACUCUGCAUUGGCGGCUGGCAAGGAGUGAGUGUGGACCGAGGCUGACCAGAGCCAAAGGUGAACUAGGAGACUACUUGACGCGCCGGAUAUAAGCUGACACUCCUAAGAAAUUGAAGCCUUAUAUAAACAUGCCAGUUAUGUUGUCAUUAUCCCGUGGACUAUCGAAAUGUUGCAAUGGAAUAUCAAAGUUUACGUCCAGAUUGGAGCCUUGUGUUACUAAACUCCGCGUAACGGGGGUUACAUCACCACACAGACACUAUGUGACGUCCCUGAAUCCUUCCCAUGGCCUCACAGAGGAGCAGGUGGCCAUAUACCAGCUGGCUACAGACUUCGCUAUCAAGGAGAUGCUGCCAAACAUGGCUGUCUGGGAUGAAAAGGAAUUGUUCCCGGUAGAUACAAUGCGAGCAGCAGCAGCUCUAGGAUUUGGUGCCAUAUAUGCUAGCGAAGAGUAUGGUGGAACAGGGCUGAGCCGUCUUGAUGCCUCCAUUAUAUUUGAAGCUCUGUCCAAAGGCUGCACCUCCACCACUGCUUACAUCAGCAUUCACAACAUGUGUGCAUGGAUGAUUGACCAUUUUGGAAAUUCUUCACAAAAAGAGCAGUGGAUCCCUCAGCUUGCCUCAAUGGACAAGUUUGCUUCUUACUGUUUGACAGAACCAGGGUCAGGCUCAGACGCAGCCUCUCUCUCAACAACAGCAAAGAGGGACGGAUCUGAUUUGAUUCUGAAUGGAUCAAAGGCCUUUAUCAGUGGUGGAGGUGACACAGAUGUUUAUCUUGUUAUGUGCCGGACAGGAGGCCAGGGACCAAAGGGCAUAUCAUGUGUUCUUGUUGAGAAAGGAACUCCAGGUCUGAGUUUUGGCAAAAAAGAAAAGAAAGUUGGUUGGAACUCACAGCCCACUCGAAUGGUGAUCUUUGAAGAUUGUCGAGUUCCUGCUUCAAAUAUCAUAGGAAGUGAAGGCCAGGGAUUUAAUAUUGCAAUGAAGGGACUCAAUGGGGGCCGUAUUAAUAUUGCUUCCUGCUCACUAGGGGCGGCCCAGGCUAGCGUAGAGGCAGCUGUUGAUUAUGUUAAAGUUAGAAAGCAAUUCUCAAAGCCGCUGUCAAGUUUUCAGAACACUCAAUUCCGACUUGCUGAGAUGGGCACGGAGGUGGUGGCCUCCCGGUUACUGGUGCGCAACGCUGCCCGGGCACUGCAGGAUGAUCACCCAGACACGGUGGCCUUGUGCUCCAUGGCCAAGUACUUCGUCACUGAAAGGUGUUUUCAGGUGAUCAAUGAGGCUCUUCAGCUGCAUGGUGGCUAUGGUUACCUGAAGGACUACCCAGUGCAGCAGUACCUGAGGGACUCACGGGUCCACAUGAUCCUUGAGGGAACCAAUGAAGUCAUGCGGUUGCUUAUUGCCCGCCAUGUUCUCUCUGAGUGGAAGUGAGCCUCCUGUGUUGUAGUCUUGAUGUAGUUGUGAUAUGGUUGUAAAGAGUGGUUAGGCUAGAUGUAAGACGUAAUUAUUUUGUGUGUGUGAGAGAGAGAGAGAGAGGGAGAGCCAUCUGUAUAUAAUUAAGAGGUUGAAUUUUUGCUACUAUUAAGUCUUAAUACAUUAGAAAGAUGUUAUUAUAUUGUAUUCCCAAUGAACACGUCUCUGGCUUGGAUGAAUCUCUGAGAGGGAAGUCAGUGGGUGUUGCAUUGUAAUGAUAAUAAGUGUGCAGGACAGUAUGUAAAGAAUAGUCAUGUACUGUGCAUUAAAGAAGAAAGUACAGGAUAGUGUUAGAAAUGGUUGAGUAUACUUUGCCUAGCUCAUGAGGAGUGAGGGUGUGACCAGUAUUGCAAAUUAUAUUAUAGAUUUCAGAUUUAGAUUAUUUUACAGAUAUUCCAAUUUUUAUUUUUAAAGCAUGGUUUUAGAGAAUAGCAAGUAUAUUUUUUUUGAUUGGCAGUUUCAGUUUUGUCGUAUCUGUCGCUACUUGGGCCUUUUUUUUUUUUGCAUUUGUAUUAAAAUGCAAAA